AUGCUGCGGCGCGUGUGGCGCCGAGCAGACGUAUGGCAGUCCCCGCUGCGGUGUUUCUGCGCUGCUGCAUCGGCUGAUCGCGCAAUCGACUGCACUCGUCCGCACCAACGCGGGCGCUCGCUCCGCGCCACGCCGUCGCGCGUGCGGUCGCCCGUCGUCCCCCACGCGCCACUCGCACGCGUUUUAAACAAUCGGAACGUGUUAUUGUCCAAUCACACGACGUCGUCGACGUUUGUAGCCACUUGCCGCACGUUGCGGGCCAUGGAGGAGACAGCGCUCGUGGCGACGAUCGACGGGCGCACGUGGAACGUGGCGCUGCAGCGGCGUCUCGAAGCACACGAUGAACGCGGGGCCGCAGAGCUCUUGGGACUGGUCGCGAGUUUCAGUCGCGAGAACGCAAGUGUACCCAUGUGGACAGAUUUGUUUUUUACUGUCGUGCGGCAGCGGUCCGUCCGUGGGUUUCGCACGGAUGAGAUGCAGGAGCUGCUGAGCCAAUUGGAGCGCCGAUACGGACCGCCGUUUGUCGCGCACGUGCUCGUGAACGUCGUGAAUGGCUGUGCCAAUAUCAAAAUGUUUGCAGCUGCGCACGAGCUGCUGCUGUACCAGCAGACGCUGUGGCCUGCGAUUCGCUCGGACGGCACGAGCGAGAGCUUGGACACUGAAGCACUGAUGCCACCGUCGGUGGUUGGCAAUUUAUUGGGCAAGAUGAUGCACAAGAAAAAGCACAGCCAAGUGCUGGCACUUGCGCGUGCGUAUUUCGCCCAUGCGACGUUUGACCCCGUGCGGGAUUUCCAGCAGCAGGGGUUCCUCGAGCUGUUUAAAGCAUGUGUGUACACGCAGCAGAGUCCGAGAAGGACGGUGCACGUGUUUCUGGCGUAUGUCGAGGGAAGUUGCCGUGCAGCUGCAGGCGAGGUGGAGAAAGUGAGGAAACUGGUGCUGGAGCGAGGGUUUGGAGCCGCGAUUGGCUGCUGUGUGAAGUUGGAGGAAUACUCGCUGGCGUUGCAUUGCUAUGAAGUGAUGGAAAGCACACGCGAGAGACUGAGUCGUAGUGGGGAUGACUUGAUGGUGGACAACACGAUUGACGAAGUCGCAGAGAGAGUUUGCAUUGUGGAUGAAGUGCUCCCAGCUGAUGAAAACAUAUACGUGAACGUGUUGAAAGCAUGUAUGGCCAUUGGUGAUUUUUCCACGCUCCGCAACGCGUUUCGCGGAAUGGUAGCCCGAGGCGUGGCCCGUAGCGCUGGAUUUGGGUCAGCGAUUCGUUAUUGUCACAAGCAUUUGGAUCCGAUGUUCCUUGAAGAAGUCUUGGACGGGGUCGCCUGGACAGAACAGAAACUCGCAGGUGGCUGGAUGCUGGAGAUCGAAAACUAUAACGAUGCGCUUGGUUGUUUUGCUGCUACGAGUCGACCAGACCAGGCCAAGGAGCUUUUCUCGCAAAUGCUGAGCAACCCGUCGAUAGUACCUGACCAUAUUACGAUGCUCGAGAUGGUGGAAAGCCACCGCAACGCGCCGAUCGAGGAAGUGUUUGAUCUCAUGGACGUUUUCCUCGAGUGGAAACUAACGCCAAAUCUUCAGGUGUUCACGUCGCUACUGUCUAUCUGCAUGCGCCGUCGUGCAACAGGCAAUGCUGCUGCACUCAUUGGUGCAAUGAAAGAGCAUGACAUUGUUCAGGACGUGAAGGCAUUCACGACGGUCGCGUUUGUUCAUGCGUCAUGUGGUGACUUGAGGGCUGUGGUAGAUGUCUUACGAACCAUGGCUAGUCAAGGUGUUGCCGCAGAUAGGAUGUUCUUUGACUACGUCCUCAGCGCAUUGUACGGGUCUUGUGGCAUCGAUAUGUGCUUCUCGCUCUUCCGUGAGCUCAUUGUAGACGAUGUGGCGAUUCCUGAAGGGUUGUACGUCUCGCUGGUUGACCUCGGUACUAAGAUUGGCUUGAUCGAGCGCACUUUGCAUAUCGCGUACAACAUGGAAUGUGAAGGCUACCAGCUCUCGUCUGAGCAGUUGCACGCGCUACUGAUGCGUUGUGACACGGAUGGCGAGAUGUCGGAGUUUAUGCGGACAUUCGUGUUGUUACACCAGGGAGUACCGCCCAAGACUCCGCGCUUUGAGGUGGCAAUGUAUCGAGAUUUGACUUCAGUGCUGACACACUUCAACCGCAAACACGACGUCCCGAAAGUGAUGGAGCUGGCUAAAACAGUGGGGUACGAUGACUUGCUUGUCUAA